AUGGCCGGUGAGCUUGAUCAUAACAAUCGGGACGGCAUCAUCAGUGAGCACACAAGGAGUUGUUACUCCCUCGGCCAUUUUAUCUCCCGACUUCGUAGCUUGGAAAUCUCGGCCGCCGCCGCCUGCUUGCUCGGAAUCGGAUUGUGCUGCCUUCUGCUCUCUGUUAUUUCGCUCUACUCUUCCUCAAUUUCGCCUUGGUUCUUGCCGCCGCCGCCGCCGCCUCCAGGUUCCUUCUCCCCGGCUACUCCUCCGAAUCCGGAGGACACAAAGAUGCAGCAGCAGCAGCAGCGUGAAAUAAGCGAGGACCCAGAACUAAUUAAAGUGCUGAACCGUGCAAAGAUGACGACGACGGCCGUGGGCGAAGGAAGGCUGCCGCCGUCUGAGAUGGUGAUCCUGACCACCAUAAACAGGGCGUGGGCAGAGCCAGGGUCGCUUCUGGAUCUGUUCCUGGAGAGCUUCUGGAACGGGGACGGGACGAAGGAGCUGUUGCGGCAUUUGGUGAUCGUGUCGCUGGACCACAAGGCGCACCAGUACUGCCAAGCCGUGCAUCCGCACUGCUAUGCGCUGACGACUCCUGGCGAUGCAGACAUUGUGUGGUUACGAAAUCCGUUCCCACACUUGCAUGAACAAGUCGAUUUCCAAGCGGCUUGCGAUUACUACUCCGGGGACGACUCUGACCUCCGCCACAUCAUCAACACCGGGUUUAUCUUCGUGAGAUCCAAUGAUAGAACUCGUCGGUUCUACAAGUUUUGGUACGACUCAAAGGAUAGGUUCCCAGGAGUGAAAGAGCAAGACGUGCUCAACAGUAUCAAAUUCGAGCCUUUCCUCAAUGACAUUGGGUUGCAGAUCAAGCUCCUUGACGCGGACCACUUUGGCGGGAUCUGUCAACCGAUUAAGGAUCUCAAAGUGGGUUGCACCAUGCAUGCAAUAUGCUGCAUCGGCCUAGAGUCUAAGAUUCAAGCACUCACGGUUAUCCUUCAAGAUUGGAAGCGCUUCUCGUCUGCACCUGCUGAGUCUAGAUCGAACCUGUCGACCUCCUUUGCUUGGAAGCCUCAUCGCACUGGGUGCUGGGGUGGUGGGUGA